UGAAGCCUUUUGUUGUAAGACUCCGGCAGCCAUUUUACGAAGUGGAUUCACACGAGAACAACAGGGAACGUUUGGUCGACGGUUACCGAGUUGCGAACAGAAUUGUCUCUCUCUUUAGUAGCGUUUAGAGAGUUUUCACCUUUUCGUUUUUUUAAAUAUAUAAAAUUACGAUUUAACUGCCUCUCAGUUAUGUCUCGGGACCGGUUCAGGAAUCGUGGAGGAUUCCAGCAGCGAGGCCGCGGGGGUAUCGGGGGAAUGCGGGGCGGAAUCGGGAACCCAACUUUCCGCAAUAAUCCACAGCAAGCGUUUCAGAACCGUGGCCCUCAACCUGGGGGUGGUUUUAAACCCGCUCAAGCAAAUCAAGUUACCCCUCAAAAACCAGAGGGAUCUAAUGUUACACCGAAGCCCGAGAUGAAGUCGCCUCCUCCUUCUCUUCCUCAGCAGCAGCAGCCGCCGCCUCAACAAUCGCCUCUGCAGCAGCAGCAGCCGCCGCCUGAUGCACAGAAACCUCCAGCUCCACAACCGCAACAAGUCCAACCACCUCUUGUUCCACAACCACCAAUUCAGUCACCUCCACCAAAAAACCUUAACCCGAGACCAGAACCCUCAACUCCACAGAGUCAACCCCGAAAGAACGUCAAUCAACACAAAACACCAGUGAGUGGAAAUGGACAAAAGCCUCCAACCAGUGAAGGCCGUGGAUCCCAUACAGCGGAUGCCCCCGAAACACGGGAAUUAAGGGCAUCCCUGUCAAUGCUGCGGAAACCCGGGGAGAAAACCUACACCCAGAGAUGCCGGCUGUUCAUCGGCAAUUUGCCCAACGACAUUACAGAGGACGAGUUCAGAAAACUGUUUCAGAAGUAUGGAGAGCCUAGUGAAAUCUUCAUUAAUCAAGGCAAAGGUUUUGGCUUCAUACGUCUGGAGUCACGGGCUUUAGCAGAGGUCGCGAAAGCUGAAUUGGAUGAUAAACCGAUGAAAGGCAGACCACUCCGGGUUCGGUUUGCUACCCAUUCAGCUGCAUUGUCUGUGCGUAAUCUUUCCCCAUAUGUCUCCAACGAGCUCCUCGAAGAGGCGUUCUCACAGUUCGGCGUGGUAGAAAGGGCAGUGGUUGUUGUGGAUGACCGUGGGCGCUCUGUCGGGAAAGGCAUCGUUGAGUUUGCUACCAAGCCAGCAGCUAGAAAAGCUCUUGACCGGUGCAAUGAUGGAGUCUUCCUACUCACUUCGGCACCUCGUCCAGUUGUGAUUGAGCUGUUGGAGCAGUUUGACGAUGAAGAUGGUCUGCCAGAGAAGCUUGCUCAGAAGAACCCAAAUUAUCAGAAAGAGCGAGAACAGCCCCCACGUUUUGCCAGACCAGGCACUUUUGAGUUUGAAUACUCACAACGAUGGAAGUCUCUCGAUGAGAUGGAGAAACAGCAGAGGCAACAAGUGGAGAAAAAUAUCCGUGAGGCGCGUGAGAAGCUGGAGGCAGAAAUGGAAGAUGCCUACCAUGAGCACCAGGCUAACUUGCUGCGACAGGAUCUUCUUAGGCGUCAAGAGGAAUUGCGACGCAUGGAAGAGAUGCAUAAUCAGGAGAUGCAAAAACGCAAGGAGAUGCAGAUUAGAAUUUUGUUUGGCAGGCAAGAGGAGGAGCGCCGCAGGCGGGAGGAGGAAAUGAUGCGGCAGAGAGAAAUGGAAGAACAGAUGAGGCGUAAGCGGGAGGAGUCCUACAGAAUGGGUGGUUUCAUGGAUAAUAGGGAAAGGGAGAUGAGGAUGGGUUCUGGAGGUCUUGGAUUGGCAGAUAUGCCUUUUGGUGCUAACAACCAGAAGUUUCCAUUGGCCAGAAUGAACUUUGAUGGUCACCAGGGACUCGGAGGACCAGUGGCAGGGGGCAUGGUGCCCAACGAAAUGCACAAUGAGCGUUUCCCUCAAGGUGGCCCUGCAGGUCCGAGGGGCAUGGGUCCUGGCAGUUCAGGAUUUGGCAGAGUCCGUGAGGAAUUCGAAGGACCUGCCAAGAAGCCCCGCUUCUGAUCUGGCACUUUUAUAUAGUAGAGCUUGUUUCUGGAUUCCCAGUGGUUCUGGGGUCUUAAUGUAUUUAAGUUUAAAAUAUUCCAUUGGAAUUUUAGCCCGAGGAUUCAAAUUUUUUUGUUUUUGUGGCAAAUUUUUUUUUUAGUAAUUUGUGUGUUCAAAAAUUUUCAAAAGUAGUGAAGCUGCUCAGCUUUUGCUCAGCACAUCCCAUUGUAUUCUCCUUUUCUACGUAUAUAAUCAUGCAAUGUUACUUGUUAUGCUGGUUACACUUGUAAGAUGUUCUGCUAUUUCUAUGGUUAUGUUCUGUGCCAUUCAACAUUUUGAGAUAAUCCAUGUAAUUUGCAAUAAAGAGUACACUUGGUUGUUCAAACCCCACUUCAACAUUUUAGCGCAGUGUUUGACUCUGUCUUAAAAAUUCACUCGGCCCAUGCGAGAGCGCUGAUUUCAUGAAAUAUUUGGGCCUUGUUUGAAUUCAGUUGAUUCAAACUUGAUCAAGAAUGAACGGCCACAUUGAGUAAAUACAGCAGGGGUGGACAAAUCAUAAAUGUUAGCUAGCCCACCUGACAGGUUAAAGCCCCCAAUUCCCUUAUUUUAGUUACUUGAAACUGACAAGGCAUAAAAGUUUUGUUAUUGUAGUGCAGCAUAUAUAUAUGGCUUAACACACAGUUGUUUGCCAGCAUUGUGUGUGUGUGUAUGAUAUGGUGUUCAGUCUUCACAGUAAAAGAGAUUUGAGCCUGGCUAAUGCAAGUAGGUGAAUUGGCUAAACUGAAUUGUCUUUAACGUGUGCAUGUUUGGUGUGAAUGAUGCCCUGUGAGGAGUAAAGUCCUAUCGGGGUGAAUUCUCCUGUCGUUCAUCUUGUCUUACAUGACCGACCUGAGACCCUGACCAGGAGUGAGUGGCAGGUGUGUCUAAUGCAGCAGGUGGUGUGAUUUCAGGAUGAGGAUUUUGUUUAGUAGCUACAUAAUCAUGCAGUGGUUGUACAGCCUCCAUGACGACAAAGAAAAAUUGCACAAGUCAACAAGACUUUUUUUUCCCCCCGUUGAAUUUGCGAGGAGAAAUUGUCCAUGCACAAAACUUGCUUGUCCAUGAUAUCUGGGCCAAUGAUUUGUCCACCCCUGAAGUUCAUACUAAUGCUUAGCUUGUUAUAUGUGGUCUGGAAUGGAAGCUUAAAGUACUUAAGUGUUUUAGUACCUUGGCAUACGUACAAUUUGAUACUCCUAAGUGGCCCAAAAAUGAAUAACCUGCAUUAAUUUUGCAGUAGGUAAGUUUGUUAAUCUCAAGAAUUUUGUGGUUAUCAUGCUUUCCAGUAAAUUCUUCUUGAAUUUUUUUUUUUUUUUUUUUUUAUGAAAAUGUAAUUUAGCCCAAAGCCUAUAAAAUAGUGAGCUUAAAAAUCUCAAGGACACAUUGUAAUUAUCUGCAAGAACCUUCAGGAAAUGUAAGACCUGUUUAAUAAAGUAACUAGAUGAUGAUGCAUGCUUAACUGUGUUGGGUUUUCUAGCAUCCCUCAUAAUUCAUUGCUUGUCAUACUGUAGGAAAAAUUUGUAAUGCUAAUUCUGGAUCUUGCAUGGCUAAGCAGGAUAGAAUUUGGCCAAUAUUGCCGACGCUAUGGGGUCACCAGCCCUUUUCGUAUACAGUGCUGCCUGAGGAUUGUAGGACUCUGCCCUAAGGGGCAGUCAUUUUAGGGUCUUGGCUCUAAAGCCUUGCAUUUGAGGACUGAUUCAGCUUAUUUUGAUUAUUCAUUAUUGUAAGGCAAUGCAAGUUCUUAAAUUCCUAUUAGACUUUCUAGAAUCUAAGAGUUCUUAGCCUAAGUAUAUAUUAAUCAAAUUGAGUGAUUAUGAUCAUGGGGUGGUUUACUUGUAUGACUGGAGCUAAAUACUUACAUAAAUGUCUUUGCUACUGUGUUUUUUGGUCCUCUGUAUUUUCUCCCUUAACAGGUGACUGUCAAGUUAUGUGCACAGGAGUCUGUGCAAUUAAAAUGUAUCUAGAUAGAUAUCUUGAGUGUAAGUUUUGCUAAAUCUACAAAAGUAGUUGUACUGCUAUAGCUAGGAGGGGGGGGGGGUGCUCAAGUGUGACUAGAGACAUAAAAGGUGCCUUUAAAGUCCCGAGAACUUGACUGAGCUGUUUUUUCAGACCAGCUCUGAUGGCAUUAAUAGUGACCAAGAACUAAAUAUAUUUUAGAAAUUAUCAGCUCAAACAUGUCACAUCUUACACCAAGGAGAAGAGGUCUAAUGUAGGAGGUGACGCCCCCCAGUCUACCAUCUCAUCUGCAAAGGGGGUGGCCCCUUAAGGUUCUAACUCCUCCAACAAGAAACCCCAGUAGUGUGUCCUGCAAUAAUUUCAUUUAAUUUGUUUAUAGUAUAUUUGGCCAGCACUAAUUUGAGCAGGUAAAGGUUGCUCAAAACGUCAGCUGUAGGUUUAGACUCUUAAUUGGUAACUAAAAGGCUUGACCUGUGAGCUUCCACUGCCAAAUGAUUAUCAAAUUAUAUAUGCAUCACUCACUGACGUCACUUUAAAGGGAUUCAUUAGUGACCUACCACCAAGGCAUGUGUCUAAAUAUGCACAGUGUAAUCAGUGAUGGAUUUUCUUUUUUAGUCAUAGUAUGUGAGGUGGCUUGUGUUCAGAAAUACAUGCACCAAGUCUCUGAGAUACAGUAGUGAUGUUAUACCUGCAAUGAAUGGCCAGAUAUAGGGUUUGAUUAUAUAUAAAUAUUGUAUGAAAAAUAAUUAUUCUUGUGUGUGAACUUAAGUGAUGUAACGUUUCAGCCUAAAUCCUGUAGCUAAGAGAUUUUACUGAAGUGGGUUCUAUGCAACUUGCUUCCUGCCAAUCCUUGAGGCGUGGUGCUUGCUACAAGCACCGAAGACUGUGUGACUGAGUAACAAGGAUUGACCUCUUCCUGUUUUGGCUGAUGAGAAGCAACCCAGUAGCACAAGGCUGCCACCACCAUGCUUCACCCUAGAGUUGGUAUUAACCAAAGCAAUACCUUCUUUACCUCUUCCCCUAACUCAUCAAAGCAGAAAAUCUUAUUCCUAAGUCUUUUUAUUUAUUUAUUUAUUUAUUUAGGAGAGGCUUCCAUCUAGUCCCAGGCUCUGCCCUCUCUUCAGAGGAAUCCUGAAACUCUCCUUUUGUAAUCCGUUUACUGAGAUUAGCUGUAUGGUCAGCACAAGAGUAUUCUAACAAUAAUGUUCAUCUUGGCUUCAGUUCAGAGGUCUACUUUGGAGUGCUUUGGAGUAAAUGGUUGGUUUUUGGUUUGGCAUACACUGAAAAUUGCAGGGCCUCAUAAACCCAGGUAUGAACCUUUUCAAAUGAAUCAUGUCCAGUUAAUUACAUUUGCCACAGAUGGACUCCAGGCAAGUUCUACAGACCUCUCAAGAUGAACAGACCAAACAAGAUGGAACUGAGUUCAGUUUGGAUCAUCUUAGCCAAGGCAUUGGAUAUUUGUCAAAUGAGAAAUUUCAGUUUUUGCCUUUUUAAAAAGAAAUUUGCAACAAACAUUUUGGGUUAUUGUGUAGAUUAAGUCAGUCACUGUAAUCAAUUUUUAAAUUAAAUCUAAUAUAAUAAAGAACAAGUUGAAGGGAUCUGAAUUACUUCACUGACUCGCUGUACACACUCGUUGGGAGUGUUCUGAAGGUGUUUCAUGAUCAUGCUAACUUUUUUGGAUGACCUUAAGCAGAGCAAAUAAAACAUGACCAUUUGUUGCACAAGGGUGUUAAUGAUUUAUGACAUUUAUUUAAAAAAAAAUUGCAUGAUCUAGUUUGAACAGGAAGGUGAGUUUUAAAGUACUGUAUCUAGUGCUAUAUGCAACAGCUUUUUGUGGAAUGUAUCAUAUGCGUGUCGAACAUGAGGUGUACCGUGUAGAACUGUGUAUAAGAUAAGCCACUCGUUUCAAUAAGCAGACCUUUAAAUUGUAGUACUUAAAAACCGUGUUUACUAAAGCUCAGCAGAUAUUUUACAGGUUUUUUCAUCUGGUAUUCUAGCUCUGAAUGGCUUCUACAUUUACUCAGCAUCAUGAUGGAAUCACAUGGAGGUUCAGUUGGAACUGACAGGUCUGGCACCACACAAAUGACACACAUUUAGUAGUCAUAGUAUUAGGGGAACUUCACAUACUUGUCUCUUCAAAGACAGGUUAUGGAGUUAUGGAACCAGAUUAUGGAAUUUUUCAGAACAUCUUUUGUAGUAUGAUGCCUGAAUCUUUCAUUAAAACUAAAAUUUUAGCUUUCAGCGUUUGUUUUCAGUAGAUUCUGACAAUGCACAUGUUUGUUUAAAUGCUGUACUUUAAGCUACAAUUUAAACCUUUCUAAAUGGUUAAAUUAAUAGUUUUUUUGUUUUUGUUUUUAAUUUUGCAAACUUGCAGAACAUUUAGGUACAAGUAGAAAUGUAGGAAAUCUCUGGUGCAAGCCACUAUCUGUAUAUUUUACUAUAUUAGUACCAUAAUAUGCUACUGUUGCUAACCUGAACUUCAGUAGCAUUAGUAUAGAUCCUUAGAUGGAUGAUGGCCCUGUUAAGAUUGGGGGGUUAUGUUUGUAGGACUGCAAAAAAGCAAAAGCAGCCCAACUGUUUGAUUAAUGUAAUUAACUUAAACAUUUCACUACUCGAUUUGCUUUUGUGAAAAGUCAAACAUUUAUCCAUUUAGACACAUUAUGACCAUUUAGCACAGUAUAGGUGAUAUGAUUUUUCUGUUUUGUUUAUUUUCUUUUAAAUUUAAGGGUAAUGUUUUCAUCCAGAUGAAACGUUUUGCUCCUUUAACUGCUUUAAAUAAAUGAUUUGAAGAAAAAAGAUUUAAAUUUGUCAUCUCCAGUAGCUAUACAAUGGCUGCUGGUAUGCACCGGUUGGAUACAAAAACUGCUGCUGUCGAUCCUUACUGCAACAUUUGGACCUGUAAAUUAGUCAAUCGAGAUGUUCAGUAUGUUACAUGUAUAAUAAAUUUGUUCAGUAAAUUUAGUGUUGUAACUGCUGCCUUUAGGGAUAACAGAACUAGUGUAUUCCUGCAUUAAAUAUUUUAAACACUCCAUCUAGAAUUUAGACACUCCAAAAAAAUGGCUGCUUUGUAUAAAAGCUUCAGGCACCAGGAGUGUCCAACUAAACUGGAAAUGUAUAGUGGGUGUUUAUCGGGUCAUUCCUAACAAAAAACCUGAGUUAUUAGGGCUGAUGUAUCUUAAUUGGUGUAAGCAAAGUUCCAUUAGCAUUUAGGGCAGCAGAACACUUUGUUCAUACAGUGUUCGUUUAUACAGUGAUGGAGACCAGGCAAAAUGAGCAAAAUUUAAUUGAACAAGAAAUCAAUAGUUAUAGUGGGUUUUAGAAGUCAUUAAACAGCUUACAAGUAGAAAAUGUGUAUAUUAAUGAUGGAUUUAAACUUUAAAGAGCAGUUCCAGUGGACUAUCUCAUAUUGUUUGCCUCUAGCCAUUGAACACCUUGAUGUAAUAACCUGGUCAGGAAACCGUAAGACUCUAUGUUGAUUAUUAAGAAAUUAAUGCUUAUUGUGGAUGUAUUUCUUAUUUUCUAAAGCUUGAAUAAAGCCCUCAGCCCUACCUAGUGGCAAAUGGUCUGUUAGUACACGUUCUUGUAAUUUUUUAGAAGGAAAACCUAAUAGGUGUGAUAACUUGUGCUUCUUUAAUACAUGUUCCAAUUACUUUCAUCAUGCUGAUUUUCUUAAUAUAAUAAUUGCCAUUUAUAGUUGAGAGCUGUGAAAUUUAAGGCUUUAUGGAAUUUAUAAACAGCAAACGUGGUUUUGCAAUAAGUCAGAUAUCAAGACAAAUUUUCCUUUGCAAUUGUACCAGUUUUUCUGUAAUAAUGAUUAAAAAUCCUAAUUGAUUUAACCUGCAGGUAAACUUUCCAUGACUAUUAUAAAAAUUUAAGAUUCAGUAAACUAUUAGAUCCCUUGCUAUAUAAGCUUAUUGUCUAAAAGUUGUCAUGGACUUUGACUCAGGUUUGAGGCAAGUGAAAGUCACUGGAGUUGCUCUUUAAGCUUGUACAAAACACUUUAAGAUUCUAUAGAAAGAAAAUGGAGGGGGGAAAAUAACUUUAAAAUUCAUGGAUGGAUAAAUGCAAAUACUGGUCGGGGACUAAAUAACCAUGAUGCAAUCCUAUUGGAAGUCCAGUUAGGUAUAGAGUAUGUAGCUGUACAAAACCAACAGCAGGGAGGUGAGAACUCCCGUAAUGCCAAUACUCAAUAUCUGACACAAAGCAAACUUUGUCGGCAUCCAACCUUGCUAUUUCCAGUUCUUUGUGAGGAGAGCUUGUCUCUGUGUGUGUAACGUGUAUGGCAUGGAUGGUGGUGCUGUAGCUAAGCAGUAGCAGCCAAUGUCCAGCUUGCCCUGCUCCACAGUUGACACUCCAGCAGUUGCUUACAAUGACACAAGAUGAGUAGUUCUUCAGAUCAGUGGACAGUUGAGCCUGGACUUGUUUGCGUCGAGAGGUUUGCUUGCGUAUCAUCCAAAAAAAGGUAAGUGCUCAUGUCUUUUGUUCAAUGAUGCUGAAAAAAACAGGGCUGCUUCACCUCCCUGAGUCACUUCACAUGCUGAAUUUUUGGGGGUUCUGGCAUCACACUUCUAAACAUGGAUUCACAGUGCAGAUGUUUGUUGUGGACUCAAUGUGUAACAACUUUUAAUUCUCUCUGAACUGCAUGUAGCUGGCUUCGUGGACAGUAAUGGACUACUGUGAAAUGCCUGAAAGUAAGCAACUGACGGGGAUGGGAUGGUGUAUGGGGCCGGACGUAGUAUUGUUGCGUUGAUGUACCAUGGCAAAUGCGUGUGGAAACGGGCAGGGGUGGGCUUGACCUUGAGAAUGAUGAGAGCCUAAAUCUUGGAUUUUCUCCAACGUGUAUACUACUUCUGCCAGAUCAGUGUCCUGACUUGAAUGCAUCACUGUACGUUUUAAACAUUCUCAGUGCAUUUCCUCUGUUUCCUCUCAGUCUGAGUUUAGGGAAACUUGCUGUGUGAAUGAAGUGGAAAUAUAAUGAAACCUGAACUACGACUACACUUCCAUUUAACCUUUUUUUUAAAUAUACUUUCCCCACAGAUUUCAUCACAAAAGCUAGUUGACUAAAGGGGAAAAUGCACAGGGCUUAGAAGCACAUGCAUGCCUCUUAAGUUGCAGCGACUUUCACUUCUUUAAAGAAACAAACAAGGAUCCACUUAAGUAGUGAUGACACUUUCAGUUUGUUUGUUUUUUAAAUAUUGCUUGGUGCACAUUCUUGAUGGUGGGUUGGAGGUCUUAAAGAUCUUGUAUCCAUAAAAGCAAAACGUUUUAUGGUAGUGUUCAUUUUUUUGGAUCGAUGGAUUACAUAAUAAUCUACUGUUCUCUAACAUUUUAUAUAUAGACUAUAAUGGAUGAUUGGAUUAUUGCAACAUGAAUCGAAGGUCACACAGUCUAGAUAAGAAUCUCUAUAGCAGCCCAUGGCAACAGAAUUCCUCGGAUCUUACAGCACCUGAAUUUACCUGGAAUAAGUUUAUUAAUGGAAGACCUCUUCAUGGUACUAGCCUCAGAGCUUUUAUUGGUUGGUUGAUCAAAUAAAUAAAACCUUACUGUAGGCUGAACCAAAAGUCACCUUACAUUCACUUUUUUGUACCUUUUUUCCAGAUAACCUUUAAGAGUGGUCUGACUUAUUGAAAUUAUUCUCGAAGCUGGAACAGGAAGCUGGACAUGUCAUUCAAGCAUAACACCAAGUUGCUUGAUUGACACUUUGCUGAUAGGUUUGCUUGAUAGGUUUGUAUUAUUGCUCCAACAAAAGGGAAAAAAAUAAUCCUAGUGCCUGUUAGUCCAGAAACACAUACAGCUACUACGCAAGCUUGAAUCUUCUAUUUUUUUUAUUCUACCUUAAUAGCUAAACGUACUUUGAAACUUUUUGGAUAUUGCGUUUUGCUAUUCCAAGUACUUGACACGGUUGCAAUUCCCACACCACUUGACUUGCCAUCACCAUUCACCGUUUCUUUUCCUGCUUGGCCUCCCACUCUAUGUAUACUAUUUUUUUUGUUUGUUUUUUUUUCUGUGCAAGUUCCCACUCAUUCUAUUAAGUGUCCUGAAGUACUGCAUCAACAUUUUACUAUACGCAUCCUGACACACGAUGUGCCUCAGUACAUACACUGUGUAGACAAGGUGUUCUUGAAGCUUUCUAGCGGUUUUGGCAGAUUUUGUUGUCCAGGGAGGUGUGUUUUUGUUUAUCUGCACUGUGAUCCAUCAUCUCAUUUUCCCUUCCCUGGGCUAGAGAUGCCUUUGCAUUACCCAUUAUAGAGUGUGAUGCCAGAACUGCCCUGUUUGCUUAACGGCUGCCUGUGGAAAGGCAGAAUAUAACCUCACACCUCAGGAUCUACACUUCCAGAAACCCAGCACUGUGUAAAAGGUGAUGUCUGUUUAGAUAACUCAUUAUGUGGUUAAUAAUGGACUAUGCAUCAAGCAUCAGCUUCACACUUAGUCUCACUCAAUUUAUCAGCAACAUUUGAGCGUUUUUUUUGUUUUGUGUGUUUGUUUUUCUGUCUCCUCAAGCAACACACAUUAACACAAGCCCUUCAAAAUGUCUUGUCUUUACAUAUAACUUGUCUGUACAAAAACUUCACUAUAACGCCAUUUAGCAUAAUAGACACACUUGUGGACUAGAUGAUGGGUUUUUUUUUGUUUGUUUGUUUGUUUUUAAGAAAAAAUAAUUAUAUAAUUAUUUAUCCAAAAACUAAAUAUCAGUCUAUUAAACCAGGACUGUGAGACCUAAGGAACUCAUAUUUUUGUGUAGUUAGUGAUUAGCCAUAUAUAAUUUUAGAAUUUUUAUUUUAGUUAUUUAGAGAGGAUCAUCAAAAUAAAUCGAGGAAUUGUAAUAGAUUCAAACGUUUGUCUGAGAAAUACUAUACCCAACAUAAUGCGGCGUAAUUUUCACUGUUGGCUUGCCGCAAAAAAAGAAAAUGUGUAUAUAUAAUUUUUUUUCCUAGUCUUCUCUCUGCUCCAAGAGAGGUCAUUACAGGCUACAUGUACUCAAUUAUACUAAAGAGAGAACUUAAAUUUCGUCUUAAAGCAGAAAAAAAAUAUUAAGACAAAUAUAAAAGUAGCAUUCUGUUUGGUUAUAUUUAUUUAUUUAUUUAUUAGGGAGACAAAAAAAAUCAGCUUAUCUGUCACAAAAAAACUUUUUUUUUUCUUUCCCUUUUUUUUUUACUUACAUAUGCGAGUGACCUGACCCGUUGUAUUCCAAUGCUGUAAGAUUUUAAACUAUCAUAAUGUAGUUUGGAAAUACUUCCCUCAAGUAGUUAGUUUUAAAUAAAUAAUGGCCGUGAUUUGAUUUGAACCUGUGCAAGCAGCCCUACUACAGUAUAUACGUUUUUUAAUUUUAAAUGAGCAAAGCGCAAUUAACAAAGGACUCCACCCAUAUCCCUGAUUUCUAUAAUCCUUUUUUUUUUUUUUAAGAUUUCUUCCGGGACUUUGUAUGUUUGGAUAAUGUUGCAUAUAUUCUCAAAAUCUGUAUAACCUCUCAUUCAUCAGUAGUGUAGUACUUCUAGUCUAGUGUUUAGCUUCAUAGUGAUAUGUGAAGACCAUGUUCACUCACUGUCUUUCUCACUGCAGGGGCCUCGGGCAACUGAUGGAGGCUGAGUUCCACACCGUCACAAAUAAGGUCAUUGGUUAAGUGUAAUCUAUGCUCCACUACAUGUAAAACCUGUAUGAACAGUGUUAUGGAGUGCGAGCAGCAGGCCAGCUGAUCUUCACAUUCAAGUACUACAUGGAGCGUGACAGAGGGAAAUUAUCAAGUUCAGCACACGGAUUCGUCAGGUCAUUUAUCCGGGUAGCACGUGUGCUCCUUUUGAAUAAUCUGAAUAGCAAAACUUAAGUUCCAGUAAAGAGAUUGACGUGUGUAUCUCAUAUCCCUGAAGUGUCGUCUUCAGACAGGGUGUGCGUUUCACUCAGUUUAUCACCGUCGCAUCUUAUUGGCUUGUUGCUAAUAGCGGAUCUGAUUCAGGACAGACGUAUGCAAGCUGAUCACACAACACAAGUGGCUGUGAAUGGAUCCGUGUUUUUGUCUGGGGAAACGUUGUACACCACCAAUGAAUAAUAAAAUGUUUGUUUGUAAACCUUU